GGCGGCGCUGCGGGCCGGUGUCCCGGAACAGGGGCCGGGCUGGGCGCGGUGCCGUGCGCCAGACGUUCCGGGGCCGCCGCGGUUUGAGGCUGGGAGCGCCGGGGAAGGCGGGGGAGGCUCGGAGCGGCGGCGCCCGAAUUUUCCAUCCCCUUGGUAGCUUUUUGGCAAAGAGGGGUUGCCUGGAUAGAAGAAAAGCGAAGCUGUUCGUGCUCAGGGGUUCUCCAGCAUCCCUCUGUGGGAGAGCACAGCAGGAGCGGAGCUGAGCCACGUGGGUGGCUGCAGAAGCAGCAGCUUGGGCUGCAUCCGACCUCCAAAACCUCCAAACCUCCCUCCCAUCCUGACCUGGUGCUGCCUUUGGGAGAAUGAAUCAGGACAGUGACUCAAGUGAUCAGCCCACAGGCCAGGACCCACUCGUACUGCUGAAAAGCCUUCAGCUUCUGUGGACAAAGCAUGAGCUGGGGAAGCUCAAGGAAGAAAUCAGGCGGGGCUUUGCCAGGCUGGAGGAGCCUUUGGCAGGACUCCUGGCCAUGCUGGAGAGCAGCAGCGACUGGAAGGGGAAAGGGCGUUCCCUGAGCCAUUGCAUCACCAGCGAGCUGCAGCUUUGGAUAAAAGAGCAUCCUGCUGUCCCACAGCCUGGCCCCAAGCUGCAGGAGCUGCAGGCCCGUGUGCUCGGGAUGCUGUCCCAGUGCCCAGCGAAUCUGCUUGAGCCCCUGAUCAGCAUUUUCCAGCUGCACGCAGCAGAUCGCAGCUCUCUGCUUCAGCACGUCACUCAUCUUCAUCUCCAGGGCAGUUACAAAGAGGCAGCCAUACUGAGCAUUAAGCUGAAAUUACAGCCAGAUCAAGAUGUAGAGAAGAUGUGCACCCCCCUGCUGCUCCAGGAUAAAGCUAACCUGGUGGAAGAUUAUGUGGCAGAACAUCCCGAGCUGCAGAGGAAGCUCUUGCAGACCCUGGACACGUGGUGUGACCCCAGCUUCAAUAUCAGAGACAUCACAAGACCAUAUCAAGGCCUGUCCAGGUACAAACCUGAAAAAUUCAACCGCAGAGUGCUUGGCAAGCUGGUCUUCAGGCUCCUGGAGAGAUUCAACGUUGACCCAGCUCUCUGCCCUAAUGUCAUAAACCAGCGGCACUUGAGGACCCUGAAUUACCUCUUCUACAAGAGAUUCGUUGAGAAAACCAUGACUGAGGAGAACUGGGCAGACCACAUUCAGAGCACGGUUGGGGACAAUCGCUGGCUGCAGGCCCAGCUGCUGCAGGCUCUGCUGCGGCACUGCGACGCGCGCGGGGCUGCGCGAUGGGCGCACCACUGCCGCCUGCCCCCCGACAUGCUGCCCCAGCCCCUGGCCAAGGAGCUGCAGGAACUGCACAUCCAGGACAGGGUAGAAGAGGUCACAAAAGCAGAUAAUUCUGAGGCCAGUAAGAAGAAGGACUGUUACCAGCUUCCUAUUCCACGGGAAAAUAUUCACUUUCUGCAGAGGUGGGAGGAGACGCUGCAGUGCUGGGAGAAGGUGCUGCAGCCUGGGCAGGUGGUUGGUGUGGACAUGGAGUGGAAGCCGUCCUUUGGCAUGGUGGGGAAGCCCCGUGUCGCCCUCCUGCAACUGGCACUGGAGGAUGAGGUGUUCCUGCUGGACCUGCCACGGCUCCUUGAGCAAGCUGAGGCUGAGGGGCAGAAGGAGAAGUUCCCCCAUUUCAUCCAGAUGCUUUAUUCAGACGCAGCCAUCACUAAACUAGGUUAUGGGAUGUCUGGGGACCUCAGCAGCCUUGCAGCCACAUGUUCUGCUGUGAGAGACACGGAGAAGCAAAUGCAGGGAGUGGUGGAUCUCCUUGCACUGCACCAGCAACUGCAGCGGGGGAAGGACGGCCAGAAGGUGGAUGGACCAUCCCCAGAGCACAGCCACGAGCAGAGAGGGCUCAGGCAGCCGGAGAAGGGGCUCAGCCUCCUGGUGCAGCACGUGCUGGGGAAGCCUCUGGAUAAAACAGAGCAGCUUUCCAACUGGGAGAAGCGGCCGCUGCGGGAGGAGCAGAUCCUCUAUGCAGCCUCAGAUGCCUUCUGCCUGCUGGAGAUCUACAAGAGGCUCUGCAAGGACCCCGAGAGCUUCGGCCUGGGUUCAGACCUGGCAGAAAGUCUGGUGGGAAAACAGAGCAAAAAACCCAAGGCAAAGAAGCAGCUGAAUAAACAAGAAGCACCGUCACCUUCUGGGCAGGAAUGCCAAGGAGCCAGAAGGGAGCCCUCACGCCCCCCUGCCCCCAUCUCACCCCAGGAGUUCAGCGUGGUCUGUGAUAACAUGCUGCAGGGCCUGGGGCGCUACCUGCGCUGCCUGGGCGUGGAUGUCCGGCUGCUGGACAAUGAGGAUGACCACAGGAAAGCUGCUGAGAUUGCCCGACAGGAAGGAAGAGUCAUUUUGACCUCUGGACUCCCAUAUCAGACUCUGCGCUCCCAGGUGGGAGAAGGAAGGUGUUUCUCUGUGAACUGCUCCGAGAAGGCAAAGGAACAGGCGCUGCAGGUGCUGCAGCACUUCAACGUGCAGGUGUCCCUGGGUGACAUCUUCAGCCGCUGCCAGUUGCUUUCUGUUGGCUGACAGAGAUUUUGGAGCCCUGGGGAAGAUACAUCUGCCAAUGAUGAUCUCGGCUCUCCAUGGAUCUGGACCCUGUGCUGGGGAGCUCUGCCCUGCUCGCUGCUCCUUCCCAAGCAGGAGUGGGCUGAGGGCUGCAGCAGCUCCUGGUGCUGCUUCCCCAGGAUGAUAUCACUGGGCCAGUGCAGGGAGAAGAGCUUUAGCUUGUCUGUACAAGCUCUAAUUUGCUGUCCCAAAAUCCUCCUGUGGCAGCUGCAGCUGCUGUGGGAUGUGAUGUGGUUAAGGGCUCACAGUUCCUGGCAGUGCUGGACUCCACCUCUGCAUCCUUUAGACUGCUUGGCUGGAAUAUCUCACUGUGACUCCUGGAGAAGCCAAGGCACUGAGCUGAUCCUUCCCUUCCACUGUGAAAACAUUGGUGGCACAGCCCCGGCUUCCAGAGCCAGACCCCCAGGAACGGGGGCUGAGGGACACAUCAGAGCCCUGCUCUGCUCUCAGCUUGACAUUAACCUCCAGACAAGGAGCCUGACAACUGGCAGGAGCCAGACCCUUCACCAUGCCCUCCUGUGCCUUAUCAGAGGGAAAUAAAUCCUGUCUGAUUAGGUUUUUUUAAUGAGAAUUCUCAGCAAAUAAAUGAACUGCCUGCACAGUGAUAAUGGGCUGUUUGGGAAGUGAGUCUGCAGUGUGUAUGUGCAGCUGGAAGUCAUCAAAACCAUCUUACCCCAUGGAGUCUCCUGUGCUGAACUUGUGUUUACAAAAUCAGACAGGAAAAGGAAUUUUUCAAUGGGUAUUUUCUGAUAAUUUUUUCAGCCCAGCAGCAGUGUAAGUGAGGGCCUGUCUGCACAGAGCCAUUGCAUCUCUGCUGGCUGCUGGCCUUCACUUCCUCCUCUCCAUCCCCUUUGACCAGUUUUGACACAUCCUGCUCCAGUCUAAAUCCGUGUGUUGAGCUUUGAUGGACCCUGAGUGCCAUGGCCAGUGGUUCUACAGGAAUCCCAGUGAGGGGGAACAGCUGAUACCCAGAGAUGAGCCCACCACUCCUGCCCCCAUCCCUGCUGUGGCCCCAUGGUGUGCAAGGACACCAGUCCUUACACCACACAAAAGCUGCUGUCAAACAUUCUCAGUGUUACCUGCUCUUUUUUUUUUUGCUUAUUUUAACAAGUUCUCCUCACUAAUCCUGACAUUCAGCCACCAGCUAUAAGCUGGGCUAGGAACAGCCUUUCAGAGGAUGCUCAUAAAUACUCACUCAUAGCUCACUACACUUUUGUUUUCCCUGAUAGUCAUCUCCCUCCUUUUCUGUGAUCUUCUCAUCCAUAGAGGUGCCUUUGCAUGGUCUCUGCUGAGGGUCAGGGCUGGAUAAUUGGCCAGUUUCCUGCACUCCAGCACUUUUGUGGAUUCAUUGUGCUCAUUCUCCCCUCCCCGUGUGCCGAGGUUCUGUCCAGAGCAGCGUGGGGCAGAGCCAGCCCUGGCUGUGGCUCAGCUCUGGAAAGACACCGUGCAGAAGUUCAGAAUGUGAUGAUCUGGGUACAGAUCCUGCCAUGAGAAUCAACUCUGCAGCAGGCAGGGAAACAUGGGUUGUGCUGAGGUCUGUGAGACCUGCUUGGAGGGGACCAUUAGAUAAAAACCCUCGAGGUGAUUCAGUUCAAAUUACUGGGUCCAGUGUUAGGUAACCAUGGAAAAAAUGCAAAUGGAGCUUGAAGCCCAAUCUCACAAUUGUCUCUGUGUGUGAAAUGUCUUGGCACCUCACAUCUCCUCUCUGAAAAGCCGGUAUUUUUAGAUUUACGACAGAUUACUUUUGAUGCUGGAGGCCUUAAAACUGUUCUGACAUGAACCCAAGCUAUUCUGCUAUCUUCAAAAAUGAAG